UUAGGUUGGUACUAUUUUUUUACAUAAUUGAAUGAAGUGUACGAUUGAUCAUUGAGGUUAGGUUAUAAAUCAAUGUUUUAUAUUGUAUAUUAUUUUGCAUUACUGUGAGUUUUACUUCUCUCUUAAAUUCCUGAUGCCCAGGAAAUGGCGACAGACAAAGUGUCUCUGUCAGACGCGCUGUCCAAUGUGGACGUUCUAGACGAGCUGACUCUGCCGGACGAGCAGCCGUGCAUCGAGGCGCAACCUUGCUCCAUUGUCUACCAGGCCAACUUCGACACCAACUUCGAAGACCGCAAUGGCUUUGUCACCGGCAUCGCCAAGUACAUUGAAGAGGCCACUGUGCAUGCCAGUCUGAACAAGCUGUUGGAAGAAGGGCAGGAACAUGCAGUCAUGCUGUACACUUGGAGGUGCUGCUCGCGGGCAAUUCCACAGCCCAAGUCCAACGAGCAGCCCAACCGGGUCGAGAUCUACGAGAAGACCGUCGAGGUUUUGGCACCCGAAGUCAAUAAGCUGCUCAAUUUCAUGUACUUUCAAAGAAAAGCGAUUGAAAGAUUCUCGGCUGAAGUGAAACGCUUAUGUCACACCGAAAAAAGAAAGGACUUUGUUUCUGAAGCUUACUUACUGACUCUUGGAAAAUUCAUCAACAUGUUCGCAGUUUUGGAUGAACUGAAAAAUAUGAAGUCGAGCGUUAAAAAUGACUAUUCUACAUAUCGAAGAGCUGCCCAGUUUCUGAAAGUUAUGGCCGAUUCUCACACUCUACAAGAAUCUCAGAAUUUGUCGAUGUUCUUGGCGACCCAAAACAAGAUCAGGGACACUGUCAAGGAAAAUUUGGAAAAAAUUCCGGGCUAUGAAGAUCUUCUGUCCGAUGUUGUGAACCUUACAGUGCACAUGUUCGAGUCAAAAAUGUAUCUGACACCUAGUGAGAAGCACAUGCUUGUUAAGGUAAUGGGAUUUGGUCUUUUUCUGAUGGAUAAUGAAGCGUGCAAUAUCAACAAACUUGACCAAAAGAAGAAGUUAAAUCUCAGCAAAAUCGAUAGGAUAUUCAAGAAUUUGGAGGUUGUGCCCCUUUUUGGAGACAUGCAAAUAGCUCCUUUCAACUACAUCAGGAGGUCAAAGCAUUGCGACCAGGGCAAAUGGCCUCUCAGCAGCUCGAUCACCAUCAGCCCGCAGGCAGAUCUGAUGGUGCACUUGCCGCAGAUAAGAGAAGAUCACGUCAAGUACAUAUCCGAACUUGCUCGUUACAGUAAUGAGGUCACAACAACUUACAAAGAGUCGAGAACCGACGUGGAGAACAAAGAAACUGCUGAUCUUGCAUUACGUGGUCUGCAGCUGCUGUCAGAGUGGACCAGCGUGGUCACAGAGCUCUACUCCUGGAAAUUGCUGCACCCUACCGAUCACCAUCAGAACAAAGAAUGUCCUCAAGAAGCCGAGGAAUACGAAAGGGCGACCAGAUACAACUACACAGACGAGGAGAAGUUUGCGCUGAUUGAAGUGAUAGCUAUGAUCAAAGGUCUGCAAGUAUUGAUGGCUCGUAUGGAAACCGUUUUCACUGACGCCAUCCGAAGAAACAUUUAUGCUGAGUUGCAAGAUUUCGUUCAGCUCUUGCUCCGUGAUCCUCUACGGAAAGCUAUCAAGAAUAAGAAAGAUCUUAUCAGAAGUAUCAUUGUAUCAGUACGAGAAACGUGUGCCGACUGGCAGAGAGGCGUUGAGCCAUCAGAAGACCCAGCACUGAAAGGAAAGAAAGAUCCGGAAGCUGGUUUUGGCAUCAAGGUUCCUCGCCGUAACGUGGGACCAUCUUCGACUCAGCUUUACAUGGUGCGCACAAUGCUGGAGUCUCUGAUUGCCGACAAAUCAGGUGGCAAGCGAACCCUUCGAAAGGACAUCGACGGACAGUAUCUCGUCCAAAUCGACCAGUUCCACAAGACAUCGUUCUAUUGGAGCUAUCUUCUAGGAUUCAGUGAGUCGCUUCAGCAAUGUUGUGAUCUUUCUCAGCUAUGGUAUCGCGAAUUCUAUUUGGAAAUGACUAUGGGCCGUAGAAUCCAGAAAUGCACCGUUCGCCAUCAGCAUAAUGAGGAAUGCAGCGAUUUGGUGACAAUGGAAAAAAGAAUUCAGGUAUUUCCCUACCACAACCCUCUAGGCCUAUUUCUUACCAUAUGUAUUGACUUUAUUUUCAGGUAUGUUUUGUAUCCAUUGGACUUGUACAAUGACAGCGCUCACUAUGCGUUGACGGUCUUCCGUAAACAAUUUUUGUAUGACGAGGUUGAAGCUGAAGUCAAUCUGUGCUUCGAUCAGUUUGUGUACAAGUUGAGUGAACAAAUCUUUGCACAUUACAAACAACUGGCAGCAAGUAUUCUUCUUGACAAACGAUUCCGAGUGGAAUGCGUAGCUAUGGGCACUUACCUGCUGCCUUACCCGCGGGCGAAUCGCUACGAAACGCUGCUGAAGCAGAGGCAUGUCCAGCUGCUGGGAAGAUCCAUCGAUCUCAACAAACUCAUCACUCAGCGAAUCAACGCUGACAUGCAGAAGUCACUCGACCUGGCCGUCAGCAAAUUUGAGGCUGGCGAUAUCACUGGAGUUGUGGAACUGGAUGGCCUGCUGCAAGUGAACAGACUGUGCCACAAGCUGCUGAGCAAGCUGCUGGCGCUGGACGAGUACGACGCCAUGUUCAGAGAGGCCAACCACAACGUGCUCGCUCCCUACGGCCGCAUCACUCUGCAUGUCUUCUGGGAGCUCAACUACGACUUCCUCCCCAACUAUUGCUACAACGCUGCUACUAACAGAUUUGUGAAAUCGAGAGGAGGAAUAAUGUUCACUCAACCAGUUCACAGAGAUAAGCCACCACAGAUGGGCCAUCACUACCUCUGGGGUAGUAAACAUCUCAACUUGGCUUACACCACUAUUUUCGGCCAAUAUACAGGAUUUGUUGGCGCCUACCACUUCCGCACAAUGUGUCGCCUGCUCGGCUACCAGGGCAUUGCUGUUGUCAUGGAGGAACUGUUGAAAAUAGUCAAGUCACUAAUCCAAGGAAACCUGCUGCAGUUUACCAGAACCUUGAUGGAAGCUAUGCCUAAAGCCUGCAAACUACCACGAUACGACUAUGGCUCUCCAGGAGUACUGGGCUACUACCAUGCGCAGCUGAAUGACAUAGUGCAGUAUCCAGACGCGAAAACUGAACUGUUCCACAAUUUCCGCGAAUUGGGCAACACUAUUCUCUUCUGUCUGCUGAUGGAGCAAGCCCUGUCGCAGGAGGAAGUGUGCGAUCUGCUGCAUGCCGCACCCUUCCAGAACAUUCUGCCUCGUCCCUUUUGUAAAGAGGGAGAAAGGCCCGAUAGUAAACUCAAAAAGAUGGAAACCAAAUAUCAACCUCUUCAAAUCGUACCAAACAUUGAUCGAUCGGGAACGGCAAAGCAAGCGAUGAUAGCACGUGAAGGCGACCUGUUGACACGUGAGCGACUGUGCUGCGGCUUGUCCAUCUUCGAGGUGGUGCUGUCGCGACUGCGUGGCUUCCUGGACGACCCGGUGUGGGUUGGGCCGCCGCCGGCCAAUGGGGUCAUGAACAUGGACGAGUGCACCGAGUUCCACCGGCUCUGGUCGGCGCUGCAGUUCGUCUACUGCAUUCCCGUCGGCGACACCGAGUUCACUGUCGAGGAACUAUUUGGUGAAGGUUUGAAUUGGGCCGGAUGUACUAUGAUUGUGCUCCUUGGACAACAGCGCAGAUUUGAAGCACUCGACUUCUGCUAUCACAUUCUCAGAGUUCAAAGAGUCGAUGGAAAGGAUGACAAUGUCAAAGGAAUUCACUUGAAGCGCAUGGUUGACAGAGUGAGAAGAUUCCAAGUGCUGAACUCGCAAAUAUUCGCCACACUGAACAAGUACCUGAAAUCGAACGACUCGGACUCAUCAUCCGUGGAACACGUGCGUUGCUUUCCGCCACCAAUCCACCCUUCACUCAAUCCUCAGGCCCACUACUACCGGCCCGACAGCAUCAAUCAUGUGCCAAAUUAACCAACCUAGCACCGCUAUUCACCGGUCUCCACCCUCUCCAGUCUCCACACUGUUACCAGUCUCCACUCAUCCACUUCAAACUGUUAGUGUUUGCUCCUUAUAAAUAACUGCUUCUUAUUUGCUCCCUAUUAAUAACUGCAAUUCUUCCCAUUUAAACAAUACUUUUUUCGUUAGAGCUACUCUUCAAUAGAAAUAAAAAUAUAGAUGUAAACACCCUUUUUUAAUAGUAUUUUACGUCACAUGGACGGGAAGGGCCCGUUUGCAGGGCAAAAAUGAUGUUUCUAGUCGAGGCGCUAGCCGAGACUAGAAUUUAAUUCGAGCCCUGCAAGAGACAUUCACGUCCAAGUAACGUACACUAUUUUUUGUCAUAAUAAUCUAAUGAAGAAUAAUUGGGAAAUAGAAAACAUUAUUUGUUUGUGCUAAAGUUAUUACAUGUAUUCUAUAAACAAAACCUAGUUUACAAAUUCCGAAUCAGGAAUUUCUUGAUUGUAGUCGACAAAACUUCCACCUAGAGCGCUAAAAGGCUGUUUUUUAUAGCAGUUUUGCUGUUCCUAUUUUGGAACUAGGAAACAUACUCGACUGUAAAGAAAUCAUAUGAUUUUAUUACAGUAUAGUAUGCUGUAAUGAGAAUCAUAUGUUUAUUUGUUCUACAAUCAGCUAUUUACCAGCUUGAUUUCAUGCAUGUAAAACAGCUGAAAUUAAAUGACUGUGACCUAAAAAUUGUUUGCUUAAACAUGUAAGUAAACAAUUUAAAAAAGGGUAUUUACAUUUCUAUUUUUAUUUCAAUACUGAUAGUGUAGAAAGUUUUCUAAUAUUGUCGUUUUCAUUCAAUAUUGACAUCUUCCAAGAUAUCACCUUCACAACAACACAGGAAGUUGAAAUACUGAUAGUUUCAAGUGAAUCUCACUUUAGUGCAACUCAUGUCUAUGUCGUCCUCUCUUUAACAUUUGCGUCACAAAGAAGAUCUGGUCAUAUUAUGGUAAAUUUGAAUGUUUAUAUUGUAGGAUUCACUUCUAAAUGCCAACAUUGGAGGGAUGGAAAUUGUUGUAUAGAAUGUUGGCUGUUUAAAGUUAAUCUCAUUAUAUUUAUAGAAGCAGUUCUUGCAAUUUUAGAAAUUUGAAUUUUUGCCUAUUGUGAAUAGUUUUGUUGAAUAGAAAUAUUGUCUGUUGUGAAUAUUAAUUUUGAAUUGUCAGCAUAGUUUGAAUGGAAACGGUUGGUAUCUAUAAUUAUUAUAUUAUUUAUAAAGAAUGUUGACAGUUUGAGGUGAAUCUCACUAUAGAAGCAGGUCUGAUAAACCUAGGAAUUGAAAUGAAAAUAAUUAAAGCUCUGUCGACAUGAAGGAAACCAGUGUGACAAACUGCAGUUUACCAUACGGUAUAUAUCAAUCUCAUUUGCAUCAUUUUCUAUACAUUCCUAACACUAUUUGUCAACAAACAUUGUAACUCCAGAUUUAAUCUUGCCAAGAGAUCAGUGGCUCUCACCUGUACAGAGUAAAUCUAAUAGAUUUUCAUUGUGAAUAUCAAGUUAUUCUAUCUGCAAUUGAUAUUUUAAUAGUAAAUAGUAAUUUUCAACUUGAGAAAGUCUUAUGAACCUGAGACGUUUGAACUCCUUGUAUGAAUUAUUCUAUAAAUCCUGAAAGGUAACAAUAAAAUUGAAAACUACUACAUUUUCAGAAUGUAGUUUUUCUCCAUCUGCUUCCAAAUAACAACUAAUUAUUACCCACCUAUAAAUUACGUUAUUUUGUAAGAUUCAUAAUCAUCCAAAUUCAUUAGCCCAGUUAUAACUUUAAAUUUAGGCGAAUUGUAUUCAUUCUAUCAAAUACAUUUAUUUGGUUUAAAUAAUAAGAUAUGAAUGUUUUAAAUGAUAAAAUCAUUAGUUUUCAAAAUAUGGAAUUUUAUAUACUGUAAGAUAUUUUUAAUGUAAGCCCUUAGAUAGAUAUAGCCCCCAAUCAAUUGUAAGAUUAUCAUAAUGUAUGUAUCCAAUUAAAAUUAUUUAUUACAUUUUAUACUCUAGUGAUAGAUUGUUUUAUUUUAUAUCUGUAACCAGUGACUGGAAAAAUAAAGUUGAGUAGUAAUUUA